AUGGUUGCACCUAUUGGAUUUAUUUCUCAAAUGCUUACAAUGACAUUUAUUUUUUAUCCAUAUUUGAUGUAUGAAGGACAACUUUCUACUUUAAGUUUAACUGGAAGAGCUGUUGCUUUAUCUCUUGGAAUGGGAAUGUUAAUACCUUUAUUUUCUGUUCCUCCUAUUGCUAAUAGUGCUUUCCUCAGUCAUCGCGAAAAACUUGGAAUGCGUAAAUUACCAACUGGAAGUGUUUUUGAUUUAAUUGCUCAAACUUUUGAAUGUACUCGUUCUGUCUGGCGUAAAUUACCAGUUAUUGCUGGAGUAAAUAUUGCAGCUGCUGGUAUUGUUGUGUGUUCUAUGGCAUGGGCCAGAAACAGAAUUCACAGCAAACUGGAUAUCGAUGCAGACUUAAUCAACGAAUUAGUGGCUAAUAGUGAAUAUUAUCAAAAUCAAAAAAGGGGAGUUAUUGGGCAAAAACUUCAUUCAAUUGGUAGUUGGUUUACAAGUCCAAAAGUUCGCAAUUUUUUUGAAAGAAAGCGUGUAAGUUCUCCAGAUACUCCUCAUGAUAUUUAA